AUGUAUUUGCCAGUUAAGAGAGCCUUGGAAGACGACGAGAGCUUUGGGAAAGUUAUCGUUUGUUGCCCUCUUGUUUCGUUAGUGCAGGAUCAGGUCAACAAGCACUCUUCUCUUGGACUGAUUACGGCAGCUUUUAAAGGCAAAGACAAAGAGACAGAUGACUUGAAAGAAGCUGGAAAAAUUGACAUAAUCUAUGCAUCACCAGAGUCCUUGGUUGGAGAUAGCCGUUGGAGACAGACCCUUCAAAAACUGCAUGUAACUGCAGUUGUAGUUGAUGAAUUCCAUACAGUAGCCACCUGGGGUGGUCUAGGAGCAGAAAAAGAAGAAAAGGUCUUCAGAAGGUGGUUUCGACACAUUGGAGAAAUACGGUCAUAUUUUCCGGAGGCAUCUGUUCUGGCACUAAGUGCUACCUUAUUGGAGAAAGCAGUAAGAAAUCUGUCUUAUGACAGAGUUGAAGACACAUUUGAUUCCUCCUGUGACAGUGAUACUUUGUCAAUCGAGAUUCCUGUGUAA